UUUUUUUUUUAUUUUUCCAGGGCCAAGUGCUUUCGGGGCAAAAAAGUCCUUGGAGAUUAUGAUAUCAAAGUGGAACAGGCAGAAUUUUCAGAGCUCAACCUGGUGGCCCAUGCAGAUGGGACCUGUGCUGUGGAUAUGCAGGUACUCCGGAAUGGCACAAAGGUUGUCCGGUCCUUCCGGCCAGAUUUUGUGCUCAUCCGGCAGCAUGCAUUUGGCAUGGCGGAGAAUGAGGACUUCCGCCACCUGAUCAUCGGCAUGCAGUAUGCAGGCCUCCCCAGCAUCAACUCACUUGAAUCCAUUUACAACUUCUGUGACAAGCCAUGGGUGUUUGCCCAGCUGGUGGCCAUCUACAAGACAUUGGGAGGAGAAAAGUUCCCACUAAUUGAGCAGACAUACUACCCCAACCACAAAGAGAUGCUGACAUUGCCCACAUUCCCUGUGGUGGUGAAGAUUGGCCAUGCUCACUCAGGCAUGGGCAAGGUCAAAGUGGAAAACCACUACGACUUCCAGGACAUUGCUAGCGUGGUAGCCCUCACCCAGACCUACGCCACAGCAGAGCCUUUCAUUGACGCCAAGUAUGACAUCCGGGUCCAGAAGAUAGGCAACAAUUACAAGGCUUACAUGAGGACAUCGAUCUCAGGAAACUGGAAGACAAAUACUGGCUCUGCAAUGCUGGAACAGAUCGCCAUGUCAGACAGGUACAAGCUGUGGGUAGAUGCCUGCUCUGAGAUGUUUGGUGGCCUGGACAUCUGUGCUGUCAAAGCUGUGCAUGGCAAAGAUGGGAGAGACUACAUUUUUGAGGUCAUGGACUGCAGUAUGCCGCUAAUUGGGGAAUACCAGGUGGAGGACAAACAACUCAUCACCGAACUAGUCAUCAGCAAGAUGAACCAGCUGCUGUCUAGGACCCCUGUCCUAUCUCCUCAGAGACCCUUAACCACCCAGCAGCCACAGAGUGGAACACUUAAGGAUCCGGACUCGAGCAAGACCCCACCUCAGCGGCCAGCCCCCCAAGGGGGCCCUGGGCAACCCCAAGGAAUGCAACCCCCAGGCAAGGUGCUGCCUCCACGCCGACUCCCCCGUGGACCAUCAGUGCCACCUUCUUCCUCUUCCUCCUCCUCCUCCUCUUCCUCCUUCUCGGCUCCUCAGCUGCCGGGCGGCCCCACCACCCACGGAGAUGCACCCUCCAGCAGCAGCUCCCUGGCAGAGGCCCAGCCACCCCCGGCUGCUCCACCACAGAAGCCCCAGCCUCACCCACAGCUCAACAAGUCGCAGUCCCUGACAAAUGCCUUCAGCUUCUCUGAGUCCUCCUUCUUCCGGUCUUCAGCCAAUGAGGAUGAAGCCAAAGCAGAGACCAUCAGGAGCUUGAGGAAGUCCUUUGCCAGCCUCUUUUCAGAUUAGCUCUUCAGACACACGUGGGCACCUGGCCUAACCGGGAAAGGCAUCUGAGACAUUUGCCAACAACAGUCAGCCACGUUUGGUAGUGAUGUCCCAUGACCUUGACUUGUGUGGCCCCUUCCUCUGCUCCGUUGUGCUAAGUGAUGUGCAGCUCAGAAAGGAUCAUGUGAAGGUCUCAGGGCAGGUGCCUAAUCAGCGAAGGGCACCUGACAUCAGAGAGAAUAGAGCUGCUUUUCUGUAGUUGUGAGAACAUUCUCUGAGGUCAUCGUUUGGUGUGAGUUUAGUGGCCUUAUUGUGACAGCGCCAUCAUGUCUUAUUCUUCCUUGUGAAACCAGGACUCCCUUCAUUGAGGACUCCUGGUAGCUUAACCUAACUCAGAUGCAGUGCUAAGCAUGCCCCCCUUCCUUUAGCCAGUGCUGACUAUGUGGGGAAUAUAUACUUAACCCAAAAUAUUCUUGGUGUUAGGAACUUACCCACACCUGGAUCCCUUGUCAGACACACCUGAUUAGCUGUUGAAAACACACCUUCCCAGCACAUGUGAUUCCUUGACUGCUGUCAUAGUGAAGCACCUUUAGUCUACUGAUACUGGAGAGAACAAGGAUCUGCAGUUCUCUCCUUUCCCUCUCUGGAGUGCAGUUCUUUUGUGUGUGCUGCAGUGAUCUUGAGCUCUGAAGCUGCACUGUGGAGAAUGCAUGACACUGUAACAGCAGUAUACCAAGUUUUGUGUUCAUCUCAAAAUAAAUGUUAAGACAUUUGGUGUAAUAAAAGCAGCAGCAUUAACCAGCA